AUGGUGCUUGGAUUUGCUGUUACCGAUUUCUGCUUCUUUUAUGAAUUAUAUCUUGAUGAAUAUCAAUAUCUUGAAAAUCUGUACUGCAUGCUAACUGACAUGCCUUUUCUUCUAUCUCAAUAUAGCGUGGCAAACUUUUUUCAUUCUUGUGUAGUCUCUAGAACUCUUCAAACUGAAAAUCAAAGUUUUCUCACUUGCUAGAUGCUGGAACAAGCGGUAACACAGAAAUAUGUCAAAGUUCACUCUUGAUCUCGAUCGGCAUGAUCAUGCUGUCACGUCUCUCUUUGUAAGCCUUCUAAUCGGUGGCUUUGUUCGACACGCGAAGGCUCGUUCUCUUCAGUCGCGUGACGAACGAGGCGAUGGCCAGCGAGGCGCUCCCCGCAAAUCGGUAUGGCGAGCUUGUCGGACUUGUGUCUUCAGAUCGAAUGUUGUGCGAUUUGUCCAGCCAUGCGCAGGGUCACCUGGCGGGGCUGGGCACGCCGCCCGCAGCACCGGGUAACGCGCCUCGGCAGAUCUUGCUAGUUUGUGACGCUUUCGUGUACGAGGUGGGCAUCGAGAACGAGAAGACCGACGUGUGGCGCCUGCUGCUGAGGAAAAGAGACUUCUCCAACGCGCUGAAGCUCUGCGACGGUGGCAACAAGUAUCUAGUGAUCGAAAACCACGCGGAAGCGCUCUUUCGGGAUCGCGACUUCCAAAAAGCAGCGAUCUUCUUCUCGCAGCUGCCCUCCAGUGUGAAAAGCUUCGAGAGCAUAGUCCUAAUGUAUCUGGCAGAGCUUCGUGCCCUGAAUAGCGGCGGCACGAGUGGUAAAGCGACAGCGACUGCGUCGGCCUUGGUUGCAGACGCGGGUAGCAGUUCAAGUGGGCGGCCGCGGGCAGUCUCUGGCGGUCUUGCCGGGCAGGGGAGUGGCUUCCCGGAUGUUCCCUUUGGCAGGCAACCGCGCUUCUCCGGAGACUCCUCAGCGAAUGCGGCCGAGGAUGCAAUUUUGCUUGCGCUGUUGGAGUUCCUCAGGUUGAAGCUGCUUGCGCUACACAAGGAGAAGACGGAGACGAAAAUUCCGAAAGUUAUCCUGUGCGUUUACGCCCUCGAACUUUGUCUAAAACUCAUGUUCGGAGCACCCGGUGGAGUUUCGUUUACACCGCCGCCGCGCCAGCCUGGCGAUGCAGGACAAGUCGCAAAUAAUCAACCGGCAACCACUUUUCAGACGGCGAAAGGCUUGCUCAUUUUCUUCUUGAACCAGGCCAGCAGGUUAGACUGCGCGGCAACCGUCUAUCAACUUUUGAUGUCAUACGAUUGCACCGAAGAAUUCCUUUUCUUCGCGUUUUUACUGCGUGAUUUCGAGACGGUGGCAGGGCAUCACGUCGCCAGACGGCAAUUUCUGGAAGUCCUUCUCUUGUUGGAGAAGAUAAUCGCUCUUGGCACCGACGCGAGUAAUGAACCAGGUGCCGCCGGAAACCAGCAAUCUGUGGGCGGCGACCAACGGAGCAUGCAGGGCGGUCGCGCAGAGCGGGAAGCAGUUCAGAUCUUGAACCGCUACGCUUCCGUCUUAUUUCAGGCUUGCCCCGCAGAGGUAGUAGGGUUUUUGCGGCGCCCCGAAUUCGCGCAAGCGGAGCCAUUGUCACUAGGGCUACUUGCGAGUUACACAAGACACGGGCAGCCGGCAUCUUUUUCUGGCAGUUGGCAAAGGGGUAAGACUGAAUUCUUGUUUUGGAAGCGAAUGAAAUAUUGCCUGAUUAAGCCUACCACAAUGCGAGAGGCUGGUCCUUUGUGGCCUCUUCUGUUGUGGCUCCUCAUAUUGCUAGAUAUUGUGCCACGAUAUUUGCUUCAAGAUGCAACUUCAAAAUCAAAACUGAGUUUACGUGUAAAACACCAUACGCUUUUGGUAUUUCAUCACUUCAUCGUGUGAUCUCCAUUCAAUUGUGUUCCGAAGCUAGCCAAGAGGCUGGACCAUGAUCUGACAAUUGCCAGCUCACUUUCAAAAAGUUUGUCAUCUUAUGGGUAUAUUAUCUGGUAAAAGCACAAAAGGAGCAUGGGCUAUCUUUUUUCAGCAUGAUUCAGACCUCCAACAGCUGCAUUUCGAACCUCGCACUAGGCACAUUAUUGCAUACGGCUAUUCCCAGAUGGAAUUAUUCAGUAUGACUAAGUCGAUGAUUUGCUUUUGAGUACUUCUAAUUUUUGAAUAACGAAACAAAACAGAUGCAGCGUCGUCCUUGGGUGCGAGGGAGUUGUCCCCUUCCGUGCAUCGCGUAGAGGCGAUUCGGUACCUCGAAUAUGCAUUGAGGAAGACAGCAACAGCCGUCCCAGCACCAUCAACAUCAGGAGCAAGCAUCAACGCUAGCAGUCUGCGGCGUGAGCAGGUGAAGUUGCUUUUCGUUUUUUAUGCCAGUGACACUGACGACCGAGCCCUGGUGCGAUUUCUGGAUCGAGAGGAGGUGCCACAGCAAUUGGACCUGUGUUUUGCUUUGAGAAUUUGCCAAGAAAACGGAAAACAGUGUUCCAGACCAGCCUUGACGACAUUGUACGCCAUGGUGGGCAACCAUGAUGAGGCCGUUAGGGUAUUACUCAUAGUCAUAACUGUCUACUGCGUGACAUAAAGCUAUGAGAAUAAGUACAAAAGAUGAACAUCCAUGAUACACCAGAUUUUCAUUAAUGUAGAUACCAGUAUUUGUUUCCAGCAUAUUUUCCGGAAACAAUCAAUUUUUACGACUCGCUAUAAGAAGCUUGAAUGCAUCGUGAUUUCUGUAGGUGGCCCUGGAGUCUGGCGAUCUUGAGCUUGCGAAGCAGCAGGCAGUGAAACCGAAGGAGAAGAGUGAGCAAAGACGACUCUUCUUGCGGAUAGUUGAGCACGAAGGCAAAAAGUUCAAGCAAAAAGGCGCGAAUGCAGUAUCAAGUGCUCCUAAGAUCGAUAGUAGUACAACACCAGAGGCAGCAGAGAACGAGGCUCUCCUGUCUUUCCAGGCUCUGCUGGCGUCGCACUCGCAUCUAAUCUCUAUUCGCGACUUGCUGCCCUACGUGCCGGAGCAACUUGUUGUGGGCGCGUUCAAAGAUGACAUCGCGAACUACCUGGAGCAGUGCGAGCGAUCCAUUGAGGAGCUACGACAGGAGAUGCGGGAACACAGACGCGCCGCGCAACUGCUGAAGGAAGACCUCAAGACGGUGAGCAACCGCAGUAUCGAGCUGCGCGUGGACGCCGUCUGCGCGUUUUGUGGUGAGAGCAUCCUCAAGCGCAAGUUUGUGACCUACCUCUGUACGCAUGCCUUCCACGUGGACUGCUGCGAGGCCAUGGGGCUCAAAAUCGAUGAAGACUGUCCCAUUUGCGGGUACCAAAUGAUCGACGCGAUGCAACGUCCCUUUGUUGACCUAAAUCGUGAACAGGAGGAAGCAGACAGCUGGCGAAUAUAGCAAUCGACGGUUCGCAUCAAUAACGCUUCUUUUGCCAGCAUCAUUUUCUACACUGACUAGUUUAGACAACAUUUUCAAAAGAAGAGGUGCCUUUUCCUCUAUUCUUUUCAUCACACACCGUUCCAUAUGUGGAGCACAAGAACGAAGGCAGAAGCGGCUGUCAAAAAACAGCAUUUGAGAUACAUUUGACUCAGCUCUGCUUUCCUAUACAACGCUCAAGAAAGUGUCCACUAUGACUAAUUCGGUUUCAGCCAUUUUAUGUGUGGAUGGAUCGUAACAUUCAUACUUGGCAUAAGUUAUAUUUUCUGAAAACCGUGGGUGCAUGGACCGUUCGGCAGAGCCACUCCAAAGGCUCACUUGCUGUUUGGUGUUCAAU